GCAAGAAUGCGAUCCCUUGGCGUGUUGGCUGUUCUGGUGGCGUUGGUGGCGAGUGUGGUGUGUGUGGAGAAGGCCCGCUUUGACCAUUACCGCGUGUAUUCGGUGCCAAUUGAGACGGAGGAGCAAUUGCGGCAGCUCCAGCAGAUCGAUUCACAUCCAAAUGGGUACGAGCUGUGGGAAUAUCCAAGCGCCGUCGGAAUCACAAUUCCAGUCAUGGUGCCACCCCACAAGAGAGCGGAUUUCGCCGAAUUAACCGCCAAUUGGGCCAACGUUCGUCUGGAAAUUGAAAAUCUUCAAGAGAAAUUUGACGAGGAGCAGCCCAAAGUAAUGCCCAGAAUGUUCGGCUGGGACUCUUAUCACACACUGGCCGAGAUAUACGAGUGGCUGGACGUUAUGGCUUAUGCUCACUCAUCGGUGGCGAGAACUGUUGUGGGCGGAGUGAGUCACGAGGGACGAGAAAUUAAGGGACUGAGGAUCUCACAUAAAUCAGGAAAUCCCGGUGUAUUUAUCGAGGCGGGAAUUCAUGCCCGAGAAUGGAUUGCCGAUGCCACAGCCACAUUCAUCAUCAAUGAGCUCCUCACCUCCACUAAUCCCGACAUUCAAGAUAUUGCCAGGAACUACGACUGGUACAUCUUUCCCGUUGUCAAUCCCGAUGGCUACGAGUACAGUCACACCACUAAUCGGAAUUGGAGGAAAACCAGGAAACCAUCGUCAUCAGUGUGCUACGGAGCUGAUGCCAAUCGCAACUGGGGAUACAAUUGGAAUCAGGGUGGCGUGAGCACGAAUCCCUGCUCGGACACUUUCCUCGGCACUGCACCCUUUUCUGAGGUGGAAACGAAGAGUCUCUCCGACUACUACUCAUCGCUCUCCGGCAUCUCCACGUACAUCUCCUUCCACUCCUAUGGUCAGAUGCUCCUCGUGCCGUUCGGUCACACCAGGGAUCGUCUGGGCAAUUAUUACGAUCUGGUGGAGAUUGGCGGCAAAGCCGUGGAGAAGCUGGCGGAGCGCUUUGGCACCAGAUACACGUACGGAAAUAUUGCCGAGACCAUUUACAUCGCCUCUGGCGGCAGUAUUGAUUGGGUGAAGGGCGUCAAGGGUACAGGACUGGUGUAUUGCUAUGAACUGCGUGACACAGGACGCUAUGGCUUCAGUCUGCCCGCCAACCAAAUUAGGCCCACAGGUCAAGAGACACUCGACUCCAUUGUUGUCAUUCUGCGCGAGGGAGCCAACAAGGGAUAUCACUGACCAGUCAUCACCCUCACAAUGUCACCAUCUGUGCUAUUAAUAUGAAUUCUUCUGGGCGAAUAGGGUGUCGUGGUAUUUCUAUGGCCCGAAGGCAAAUAAAAGGCUAUCCUUAGAUAUUCCGAUUUCUUCAUUAUGUAGCAAUUACUGGAGAUUCAAUAGGACAGGGAGGACUUCAUGUUUCUGCGACUCUGACGAUAUAUACUCAGCGAAAAGCGCUCCGUGUCACAGCUGAGCAGCUUUAGGGCCAGCUCUUGGUUGCGAUGAAUGAAAGCUCCGUGUGCAGAAGAACAUUCCCUGGCUGUGUCUGACGGGCAAUUCAUCUUC